AUGUCUGGCGCCGAGAUCGGCAUCGCGGUAAUCGGGGCGGUAGCGGCCUUGAUCACGGCCUACAGAGAUGCAGGCACCAUUGUCGAAAACAUCAAGGAACGCCGUAAGGCUAAGGGUGCCUUACCUCCAAGUGUCGCCCUCGAGGAAUCAAUCCAGGAAGGGCACCAGGAGAUUGAAAAGAUUACAGCCAAAGGUAUUCAACGGUUUGGUUCAGACUUCGAACAGGGCGACGACAUUGCUCAUCGAGCCUUGCAGAGUCUGACCAUCGAAGUCCAGGCGUCUUUCCUCCAUCACUUGACUCUCGCCAGCAAGGAUGACAAUGUCACCAAUUUCGAGGCAUGCAUCGACUCGGCCAUCGAAGCCAGACUACGAGCGGUCACCAUUCUCAAUGAGCUGUACCUCCGCCAGCAGAAACGGUCCAGCCUCCAGUCCGAGCCUGAAGUUACGGUGGCCCAGCCAUCUCCGAGAGAUUCCAAAGAUUCCAAAGAGUUCAAGGAGCUCGAGGGAGGAAAGAAGCGGAGUAGUAACCUGACACGAGAAUCCGAACCACUUUCGACCAGCCCAUUGCGAUCGCGGAAACCAUCGUGGAAUCCAUUCAAGAAUCUGCAUCGCACAUCAUCUUCAGAGCAGCCCAAAGAAAGCACGACAUCGGCUCCUCCAAUUGCUCGAAGCUCCUCAUCCAAUUACCACUCCCCGACUUUGUCUCCGCGACCAAUGAUGUCGUCUUCCCCGGGCUCUCUGAACGACUUUCGCAGAUCACAGAUCAUGACUCCGCCCAUCAGCCCUGCGUCAACCCAUUCAUCGCUCGACGCGCUGACGGCGGCUGGAUUUUGCAAGGGAGCGUACUAUGUUCAACAGGGAAUAUAUGACAAGGCGGUGCAAGUCUCAAUGAAGAACAUGGAAUGGUCGUGCCAUUGUCGCAAAUGUCCGUUUGCGACACCCGCCGACCGAGACGAACGUGGCCGACCACGCUUCGACGACCGAAUAUACGAGGCAAACACGCUCCGUUUUCGGUCGCUGCUGCUGUUCAAAUCCCACUUGUCAUCCAGCCAAAAGAAACGACGAUUCUACAAAUGCCUGAUUUGUGUGUUUGGCGGAGAUUCCUCUUCAUCCUUUGAAGGAGAACAUCACCUUUUUGAGCACAUGUCCCGUCACCAAGGGGGAGUAUUAGGAGGGCUGGAACUCUGCGGACCGAUAUGCUUGGAGCCCAAUGGAGUAAGAGCGGGAUCUGAAGGAACGUUUGACCUUUGCUUUUCGGAUCCCUCGAGAUUUUCUCUUCCUCCCAGCGCCAUUGAGCUUGACGUGACAGAGAUAUUAGAGGCGGAUAGUAUAGAAGUUACAGAAGAAGACGAAGUAUUUAAGAACCAGUGGGUGGAUCAGGUCCGGAAAUGA